ACACAAACACCAUUACCUCAACCAAACCUUUCUCUUCAAUCUUCAUUCUCAUCUCAUCACCAAAAAAACUCAACAAAAUGGGUCUCUCAAUCGACACGAAUCAUCAAUCACACCACAAAACCCACAAAUUCUUCUUAAUCUGCAACUACAUCUUACUAGGAGCAGCCUCCAGCUGCAUCUUCCUCACCCUCUCCCUCCGCCUCAUCCCGUCCAUCGCCGGCGCUCUACUCGUCCUCCUCCACAUCAUCACAAUCGCUGGAGCCAUAUCCGGGUGCAACGCAGUGUCCGCAGGCUCAAGCAAGUGGUACGCGGCCCACAUGGUGGCCGCGGUCCUGACCGCGAUAUUCCAGGGGUCUGUAUCGGUUUUAAUUUUCACUACUACUUCGAAUUUCUUGACCGCGUUGGACUCGUAUGUUAAGGAAGAUAAUGCGGCGGUGAUAUUGAAAAUGGCUGGUGGUUUGUGUGUUUUGAUGUUUGUUAUGGAGUGGUUGGUUUUGACACUGGCGUUUUUCUUGAGGUAUUAUUCGUUUGUCGAAGGUGGUCGGACUGCCGGGAAGGUGGCUGCUGAGGAUGAGAAGACAUGGACACCGCCAUUUCAUGUUUAGAGGAUGAAUUGAAUUUGUUUUCUAUGUUAUUCUGAACUUUGAUUUGAUUUAUUUUUUUAAGAAGUUGUGUAAGGGUUGAUUUAAUUAAAUUUAUUUUUUUGAAAUGAACUUGUUGUUCAUACUUCUCUGGUUAUUUUUAAAUGGUGCAUAUGUAUCGAAACAUUUUGCUUUAGGAUGA